AUGGCGAAAAAGGGUAAAAAGAAUUCGGCGCCGCAGUUGGUGGCACCGGAGCCGGUGGCAGACGAGCUCGAGGUGGAUAUCCUGUGGGACGCCGUCAAAGAAGUAGAUGAUAAACCUCCUUUCAUGGAUGGGACACACCUGGACGCCACACGUGCGUUGUUCAAACUGGAGAAAACAGGACGCGGCGCACCGGAUGUUCCGCACAAUUUUUUCCAACUUCGGGAAAGAAACCUCAGCGUCGUGCGUGCCCGGGACCGUUUUGUGUUGGCUGAGCAGCGGCUGAAAGAGAGAAUGGAGGUGGACGAAGGCCUGCAGGACGAUGAUCAGUGUUUUCUAUCACUGAAGCAAAGUGAGGGCGAAGAGUACCUGCGGGAGAGGAGAGCUGCCAUGGAAAACAUUGCUGGUGUUAAGUCAGCACUGGUGGAGGACCAACUCGGCUUGAUUACACGUAUGGAGGAGGCGGCCGAAGACUUCUUCCGAGGCUGGAAUGACUUAUUAGAGGAGGUAACCGCACUCGCCACUGGGGACAGCAAAGUGAGCGCCGCGUUCGAAGAGAAACGAACUCUCACCAAAACGUUUAGGGAAGCGGAGGAACAGUAUUUUCACGACCACGGGGAGCACGUUGUGGGCAUCCGAGAAAUGCGAAGGGAGACCAAGCGGCAGCAGGAUGAAAUGCUUCAGUCGAUGGUAACGCGUCUCGGGGCAGGUGUAGUGGAAAUGGCAAGGUUGUCUGUGGAAGAACUAGAGGACAAGGCAGCCCAGCAAGAAGAAACAACGCGGCUUAUUUCAGAACUCAUGAAGGUUCAAGGGAAGUCUACCGUGUUGGAAAAGCAGACAAUUGCCAUUAAUGAGCACCGUGCCACGCUACAACGGUUGAUAGAUCUGGAGGUGCAAAAGCAGGAGUUCUGUAUCCUGCGUCAGAAACAGAUCGAGUCCGAUUUGAAAACUCUUUCUGAAACUGUAAAGCACAACAACGAGCAGUUACUUCUCUUGUCAAGUAACGCCACUCCUUGCCAGGAAUACAAAAAGCUGCUGCCGAUGAUCCCCACUUCUCCCAACACCAUUUCCAACCUAACGAAUGUGCAGGACAAGAGCCUGCUGUUGCUGACGGUGGAGGCUAAGCGGCAGCUUGAAGGGCUAGACGCUGAGCUGAAAACUCUGAAAGAUGAGCUCGCUACACUUAGGAGGCGCCACAUUGUGCAUCUAAGCGGCAAGUAUAAACCAACAGCUACGGAUGGGCCCCUAAGUGCCAUGAAGAAAACUGCGGAGUUAGGUAUCGAGACAACGAGCGCUAUUCGGUCCGCAGUUCUAAACUCUUUGGAGCAGGUGUGCCGUUGCCUUGGAUGUACGGAAGAUGCAGAAGCACCUGGAGAUUCUCUGGAGCGUCUUUUUUCCAUAACAGAUGUGGAAGAACGGAAAGCUGUACAAUUGUACGUGUCGAGAUGUAUCAGUAAACUGUUUAGUUCGGAAUGCCCUACGGCUUUGCCAGUUCCAUUCCCCAGGAGUUCGAAGGGUAUACAAUGGGAUAUGUUGCCUUCACACUGA